AUGACGCCAGCGAAGGCGUGAACGUGUCAGGUGACGCGAGAGGCGAGCGAACGGGUCAUGUGGUUGUGAGUCUGGCUUCGGUGUCGGAGCGUCGGUACCAAGGUCGGGAUGUCGGUGGACAUCAAGUUAAAACGGGCAAACAAAGUGUAUCAUGAGGGGGAAACGCUGUCUGGGGUGAUUAUUUUAUCCAGUAAAGAACCCAUCCAGCACCAGGGUAUCACCCUGACCAUGGAUGGAACCGUCAGCCUCCAGCUCAGUGCAAAGAGCGUUGGUGUGUUUGAAGCUUUCUACAAUUCUGUCAAACCUAUCCAGCUUAUCAGCAAUAAUAUAGAAGUAGUCAAGGCAGGGAAACUUCCCAGUGGCCGGACAGAAAUCCCUUUUGAAUUCCCACUGAAAGUCAAAGGCAGUAAAGUCCUCUACGAGACAUACCAUGGGGUCUUUGUAAAUAUACAGUACACACUUCGGUGUGACAUGCGACGACCACUCCUUGCGAAGGAUUUGGUGAAGAACUGUGAAUUUAUUGUCUAUUCCUUGCCUCAGAAAGGGAAGUUAACCCCCACCCCGGUGGAUUUCAGCAUCACCCCUGAAUCCCUGCAAAAUGUUCGAGAGAGAACUCCACUACCUGGAUUCAAGAUCUGCGGCCGCCUCGACUCAACAAACUGCAUCAUCACCCAGCCACUGACUGGCGAGCUGGUGGUGGAGAACCUGGACGUGCCUGUCAAAAGCAUUGAGCUCCAGCUGGUGCGAGUGGAAACCUGUGGUUGUGCUGAAGGUUACGCCAGAGAUGCCACAGAAAUUCAGAACAUCCAGAUAGCUGAUGGCAAUGUUUGCCAAGGUUUGGCCAUACCUAUCUACAUGGUGUUUCCCCGACUCUUUACUUGCCCCACGCUGGAAACAACAAAUUUCAAAGUCGAAUUUGAGGUGAAUAUUGUGGUGAUUCUCCAGGAUGAUCACCUGAUCACCGAGAAUUUCCCGCUUAAAAUCUACCGUUUUUGAAUUCUGCGCGGAUGGAGCUAUUGAUUUGGGGACGUGUUGUCGAAGGACUUGGAAGACAUUCCAUUCUGAGAAGCUCACUUUCUACAAAACCUGGCUCUCAUUUUUUUGAGAACUGGAUACUUUUCUUAUUUAAAACAAAAUAAAUAUUUGCACAUUUGACUUUU